AUGGCGCCGGACCAGCAGGACUCGGAAUACCCUCCCACUUACUUUGCGCAUCCCGAGCAUGCCCACGUGCUGUACGCGCACAUUGCGCUCAUGACGGUGGCCUGGGUGGUUCUGCUCCCCAUCGCCGUCGCCCUGUCGCUGGCCAGGUCGCGCUACGUCCUCGCCUCGCAGUUCGUCUUCCUCGCCGUCAAUGCGCUCGGCCUCAUCGUGGGCACGGCGUACAACGCGCAGACGCCCGACCUGUACCCUCACAAUGCGCACCACCCCAUCGGCUGGAUCGUGACCUGGGUCGUGUCUGCGCAGGUGGUUGUCAGCCUGCUCCGGCGCGUCGGCGGGGCCCUGACGGGUGCCGCUCCCACUAACACCGCCGCCGAUCAGCUAGCCGAGGAGCGCCGCGCCUUCAUCCCGCUCCCUAGCGGUAGGGCCGCCAGCUACUUCGGCCACUACCGCCUGUCCAACGACAGCGGCCAGGGCUCCGAGCCGACGACGGAGUCGCUGCGCAGCAACUCCUUCUCGACGCUGGCCGACCGCGAUGCCCAGGAGCCUCACCCCGACAAGGAGCUGCACGACGAUGACGACGAGCUCGACGGCCCCGCCAUGCCCAUGCCCAUGCAGGCGUCGCCCGCGCCGCGCAGCAGGACGGCGCUCAUGGCCCUCAAGGUCGUGUCUUCGCGCGUCUGGAAGUACAUUGAUUUCGGCUACAAGACGGUGGACCGCAUCAUCCUGCCCUUCGGAUUCAUUGCCUACAUUACCGGCAUUGCGACCAUGGGUCGACUCUUUGAGGGCACUGCCAUCUACAGCGGACUUGCUCACUGGAUCAAGGGCGGCAUCUUCUUCUGGAUGGGCCUCCUCACCCUCGGCCGCUGGUCCGGAAGCUUCCACGAGGCCGGCUGGGCGUGGAACCUGCGCCCCCAGCGCAAGGCCGGCAAGCGAUGGACUCCGUCGGCAGAGUUUGUCGAGAGCGCCCUCAUCUUCAUCUACGGCUCUACCAACAUCUUCCUCGAGCACCUGGGCAGCAGGGAUGGCGUCUGGACCCCCAGCGACCUCGAGCACUUUUCCAUCACCGUCCUGUUCCUCGGCGGCGGCUCGAUCGGCAUGCUUGUCGAAUCUACUUGGUUGAGAAGUCUGCUCAAUACGCUGGUGACCAGCAGCCAGCCCACUUCCGCCGACGAGAGCGCGACCCUCGAGCCUCCGGAGACGUAUGAGUUUUCCAUCAAUCCCAUCCCGGCACUCGUCAUCCUCCUGCUGGGCAAGAUGAUGGGCGGCCACUCGCAAGAGACCAUGACCGGGACCAUGGUACACAAGCAAUGGGGCAACCUGCUGCUCGGCGCUUCGCUGGCCAGAAUGCUCACAUACGUCACCUUGUACCUGAAGCCGCCCAAGUCUGUCUACCCCUCGCGGCCGCCCACCGAGCUCCUGGCAUCGUUCGGCCUCGUCGCGGGUGGCAUCAUCUUCAUGUAUAGCGCUGCCGAUACCAUUAAGGGCAUGAUCCACUAUAACCUGGAGCCAAUGUCACUCUACACCAUCACGCUGGGCUUUGCCGGCUUGUUCAUGUCUUGGGAGCUGCUCGUGUUGGCUCUCAAGGGGUGGGCGACCCGCAAGGAGCGCAACUCUCAGGCUUCCACUUAUGCUUGA